AAAUGAGUACCAUUUAAUCUGAAUAUAUUUUUCAAUUGUUAAUUUUCAAAAUAAUAUAAGUAUAUUCUUAUUAUUUUGAAUGACAUCUUUUGGUGUAAUCUGGUAUAAACAUAAUUUUCUUACCAUUGUGAUUGAAAUCUGAGUUACUUUUAAAGCAAAUUCUCAGGAAUGUGUAUUAUUGGUAAUUUAAGCUAAAAAUUUGCACAAUAAAGGCAUUAAUAAAAUAUCUAUACGAUGUAUACAAUGGUUACUAUUUGUACCAUAUUCUAGUACAGUUCUAAGAAUUAUCUCAUAUGCAAAUAAAUGAUGAGCAGUGCAAUAAAAAAAUUCAUAAUUUAAAAUAGCGUUCAUAUUUGUAAUUUCAGUGUUUCAUUCAGAAGCCAUUGUUUUAAGGUAUUUAAGUUUAUGCAAAAUUUUAGAUUUAAUUAGUCUAUAUGGUCAAUAUCAAUUAGUUGAAUUUGAACAUUUCUUUAUUUUGUUUGCCCCCAAGUCCCAUUUCGGAAUGUAUGGAGAAUGAAUGGCCAGUGUCUUUUAAUUAAAAAACAUUACUAAUCAUGAAGACUACUUAUAGGCCCACCUGAUGCUUCGGUUCCUGCCAGAGUCCAUCUUUUGGGAUCCUUCCAGCACGUGGAAAGACACCAGAUGCUCAAUCAAGAACUUACCAGGUUAUUAUGAGAGAGCAAACAUUAAGAAAAGAUCAGGUUGAGCUAAGAAAAAAAAUAUCAGAAAAAUCAAAGACUGGAGAAUUAAAAUCCACUGAAAAUGGUGAUGUUGCUGCAAAGCCUACUAAACGCCGAAGAUGGGAUCAGGCUGCUGGGGAUGAAACACCGGGAACAACACCAGCCAAAAAGAAGGCUUCCAGUUGGGAUGCAGCAGAGUCCCAUACUCCUUCUAACAGUCGUUGGGAUGAGACACCAGGACGAAUUCCCAAGGGUUCAGAAACUCCAGGAGCUACUCCAGGUCAGAGUACUCGCAUGUGGGAUGCAACCCCAGCUCAUGCAACUCCUGGAGCUGCCACACCAGGGCAUGAAACUCCUGGUCACAAGGCCACUCCUAGUGCUCGUAGAAAUAGAUGGGAUGAGACACCCAAAACAGAUAGAGAAACUCCUGCUCAUGGUAGUGGAUGGGCUGAAACUCCCCGCACUGACCGUACUGGUACAGAUCUCAUUCAAGAAACUCCAACUCCCAGUGCCAGCAAACGUCGCUCACGUUGGGAUGAAACACCUUCAUCCCAGCUUGGAAACCAGACACCACAGACUCCUUCUAUGAUGACUCCAAUGACACCCAUGACUCCCAUCACACCUAGUGGUGUUACUCCUACAGGAACAAAAGCUAUGGGCAUGGCUACACCAACUCCUGGGCAUAUCAUGGCUAUGACACCUGAACAAAUUCAAGCUUAUCGCUGGGAGAGAGAAAUUGAUGAACGAAAUCGACCCUUGACAGAUGAUGAAUUAGAGGCUAUGUUCCCACCAGGAUACAAAGUUCUUCAACCACCUGCUGGUUAUAUCCCGAUUCGAACUCCUGCACGAAAAUUAACCUCCACUCCAACUCCUAUGGCUGGUACAUCAGGUUUCUUUUUUCAAAAAGAAGACCCAGUUAAGAUGAUGGAUGCUCAGCCAAAGGGUAAUUUACCACUUCUAAAACCAGAAGAUAUUCAAUACUUCGACAAAUUAUUGGCGGAUGUUGAUGAAGAAUCCUUAAGUCCUGAUGAACAAAAAGAACGAAAAAUUAUGAAACUUUUGUUGAAAAUCAAAAAUGGAACUCCUCCUAUGAGGAAAGCAGCCCUGCGUCAGAUCACAGAUAAGGCAAGAGAAUUUGGAGCAGGUCCUCUCUUCAAUCAGAUCUUACCACUUCUCAUGUCUCCAACACUUGAAGAUCAGGAAAGACAUCUACUAGUCAAAGUCAUUGACCGUAUUUUAUACAAGUUGGAUGAUCUUGUUCGGCCUUACGUCCAUAAGAUUCUUGUGGUUAUUGAACCUUUAUUGAUUGAUGAAGAUUACUAUGCUCGUGUUGAAGGCAGAGAAAUUAUUUCUAAUUUAGCAAAAGCUGCUGGCUUGGCCACUAUGAUUUCUACUAUGCGUCCUGAUAUUGACAACAUUGAUGAAUAUGUGCGUAAUACUACAGCACGUGCUUUUGCUGUUGUAGCUUCUGCCCUUGGUAUUCCAGCAUUAUUACCUUUUCUGAAAGCUGUGUGCCGUAGCAAAAAGUCAUGGCAAGCUAGGCAUACUGGUAUCAAGAUUGUGCAACAAAUUGCAAUCCUCAUGGGUUGUGCUAUUUUACCUCACCUCCGAAAUCUUGUAGAAAUUAUUGAGCAUGGUCUUGUUGACGAACAGCAAAAAGUCCGUACUAUUACAGCUUUGGCUUUAGCUGCACUAGCAGAAGCUGCUACCCCCUAUGGUAUUGAGUCUUUUGAUAGUGUUCUCAAACCUCUUUGGAAGGGUAUCAGAACUCAUCGAGGCAAAGGUUUAGCUGCGUUUUUGAAGGCUAUUGGGUAUCUUAUUCCUCUUAUGGAUGCAGAAUAUGCUAAUUACUACACCAGAGAAGUGAUGUUGAUUCUCAUUCGAGAGUUUCAAUCUCCUGACGAGGAAAUGAAAAAGAUUGUAUUGAAAGUAGUAAAGCAGUGUUGUGCCACUGAUGGUGUGGAACCCCAAUACAUCAAAGAGGAUGUUUUGCCUCAUUUCUUCAAACAUUUUUGGAACCACAGAAUGGCCUUAGACAGAAGAAAUUACAGGCAGUUAGUUGACACAACUGUAGAGAUUGCAAACAAAGUGGGUGCAGCAGAGAUCAUUCAUCGCAUUGUUGAUGAUUUGAAAGAUGAGAACGAACAGUAUCGAAAAAUGGUCAUGGAAACCAUUGAAAAAAUCAUGGCCAAUCUGGGUGCUGCUGAUAUUGAUUCUAGAUUGGAAGAACAGCUUAUUGAUGGAAUUCUCUAUGCAUUUCAAGAGCAGACUACAGAGGACAUGGUAAUGUUGAAUGGCUUUGGUACUAUUGUAAAUGCUCUUGGAAAAAGAGUGAAGCCUUAUUUGCCUCAAAUCUGUGGUACUAUUUUGUGGCGACUGAACAACAAAUCAGCCAAGGUUCGACAGCAAGCAGCUGAUCUGAUAUCUCGCAUUGCUGUGGUGAUGAAAACAUGUCAGGAGGAGAAGCUGAUGGGCCAUCUAGGUGUUGUAUUGUAUGAGUAUUUAGGAGAAGAAUACCCUGAAGUGUUAGGCUCUAUUUUAGGAGCCCUUAAAGCUAUUGUCAACGUCAUUGGCAUGCACAAGAUGACACCUCCUAUUAAAGACUUGUUGCCUAGACUUACGCCCAUUUUAAAGAACAGACAUGAAAAGGUACAAGAAAAUUGUAUAGACUUGGUUGGUCGAAUAGCAGAUCGUGGGGCUGAAUAUGUAUCUGCUAAGGAAUGGAUGCGUAUUUGUUUUGAAUUAUUGGAACUUCUCAAAGCACACAAGAAGGCUAUCCGACGAGCAACGGUCAACACUUUUGGUUAUAUUGCCAAGGCCAUUGGACCUCAUGACGUAUUAGCCACUCUAUUAAAUAAUUUAAGGGUGCAAGAAAGACAAAAUAGGGUAUGCACAACAGUAGCUAUUGCUAUUGUUGCCGAAACUUGUUCGCCCUUCACUGUUCUCCCAGCCCUCAUGAAUGAAUACCGGGUUCCAGAACUGAAUGUUCAGAAUGGUGUUUUGAAAUCAUUAUCUUUCUUAUUUGAAUAUAUUGGAGAGAUGGGCAAAGAUUACAUCUACGCAGUCACUCCUCUUCUUGAAGAUGCUCUUAUGGACAGAGAUCUUGUUCAUCGUCAGACUGCAUGUGCAGCCAUCCAACAUAUGGCAUUAGGUGUAUAUGGAUUUGGCUGUGAAGAUGCCUUGGUACAUCUUCUGAAUUAUGUGUGGCCCAACAUUUUUGAGACAUCUCCUCAUCUGGUCCAAGCAUUCAUGGGAGCUGUAGAGGGACUCCGUGUUGCACUUGGACCCAUCAAAAUUUUACAGUAUUGCUUGCAAGGUUUGUUCCAUCCAGCUCGGAAAGUACGAGAUGUCUAUUGGAAAAUCUACAAUACACUGUAUAUUGGAGGUCAGGACUCUCUUGUCAUUGGAUAUCCUAGAGUGCCAGAUGAUUCCCGUAACACAUUCACUCGUCAUGAACUGGACAUGAUUCUCUAGAAUUUUUUUAAUUGAGAGACUCCCAUUUAUAUGUGUUUUUAUUUUAUUCCUACACAAUAUGUAGGAUGUAUAAAUUGUUUAAAAUAAACUUAUGAAUUUUCCUACUUUGGGUUGUGGUGGAUGGAUGUCAUUUUUAAGCAGGAACAGCAGUAUACAUAAACCCAUUUGAAGGAAUAAUAUGUGUAUGUACUGAUAAAAAUCUUCAUAUUUCUGUUGAUGUUUUUAUGCAAAUCAUCUAGAAAAAAAACUUAUGUAUGCAAGUGUACUUUUUUAAAUAAAUCAUUUUGUUCCAUA